AUGGCAUCCGAGGAUCCAGACGACCAGACCUCGUCUACGUCUGGGAGCACCAAUGAGAAGGUCCGCGAUGAUGGGCCCUUUGUCUUGCGCACAUUGUUGGAGGAGGUGCCCCUGUCGGCCGAGGGCGCCGCUGAUGGGAUAAAGAUAAACUGCGUCGACUACUUGGAUCACAACCUUUACGUCGGCACGAGCGCAUCCGAACUGCUUCACUUUGUCCAAAUUCCUCCCGACCCAAAUGAUCCAGCUGGACGGCCAUCCUUCAUACUCGCAUCACGAUUACGGCCAGCAUUUGCCGAGACUAGCAACUCCCGCCCCGGCAUCCAGCAAAUACUCUUGCUCCCCAAGGUUGGAAAGGCCUGUGUACUCUGCAACUGGACCGUCACCUUUUACUCCCUCCCCGAAUUCAGCCCAGUAUUUGGGGCUACACAGGUCAAAAACUGCAGUUGGGUUGGUGGCGUUGACUUGAACGACUCUCAAGAUGACGCAGGCGAUCCCUCUGCGGGAGUCUUCAUCUGCUUGUCAUUGAUGCGGAGAAUUCAGGUUGUGAGAAUAGGGGAGGUUGCGCGGGCAGUCAAGAACAUUGAUGUGCCCGGGACCACAAUAUCAGUCCGGCGAGAUUCCAUUGCAUGUGUGGCAGACGCCAGGAGCUACUCCUUGCUUGACGUUGACAGACAGCUGCGGAUUCCUCUGAUGACCAUCUCUUCACUGGACGAUUCACAGCCAGCCGGGGAGAUUGGUCAAGCUCAGGACAUCGCCGGGAGUACCGACGGUGGCAUAUUGAGGAGCGCCUCGGCAGCGCAGAACCGGCCGCUCCUGUCUGCUGGUGACCACCAUGGGCAUGCUAGAAGCACAAGCCUCGGGGGGUUGCUCACCAGCGGACGGAGGGACCCCAGCCCUCGAACUGCAGAUGAUCGCGUUGCUCAAGGAUCAUCACCGCCAACGCCUUCUGCUAGUCCCAGGCCCUCGGGUGAAGGACCGCGGCCUCCGCCGCCGACGGACAAGCCUCUACCUGCUGCGCCUGGAAGCAUGCGGGCAGAGGCGACACCAACGAUGCCGACCCCCGUCUUUCUCAAGCCACAUAUUGUCUCGCCAACCGCCGAAGAAUUCCUUCUUGUCACCGGCACCGGGCCAUUGGAUCCCGGGAUUGGCAUGUUUGUAAACCUCGACGGGGAUCCCACGAGGCCCACAAUUGAAUUCGAUAGAUACCCCAGGGAAGUCGUGGUUGACGGUGGAUCAUCCGACCUCUCACCGUCGAAGAUGUCACCGGAGUUGGACGAGGAGGGGUACGUUAUUGCGUCUAUGACAAAAGACUCUGACGCGGGAUUGCGCCACGGCCUGGAGAUUCAAAGAUGGGAUGCCGACGGAGCGGAACCAGAGACUACCAAAUGGUGGCUCGAGGCAAACCCGCCGGGGAUACAUGAAACGACACCGCUAGGUAUUCGAUCACUUGCGGGCACCGACGAAACCCACUUUGAAGAGAUCAUCGACAGACUCUGCCAGAGGAAGUUCUCGCCCUUUUCUGGAGGGCUCCCCGAAACCCCCAUUUUUUCGCCGAGGAGUGCCGACUCACGCACAGCGUCGUCCUUGGAACAAAUGACAAAGGAGCGAGAACUGUUUGAGCGAGACGUCGAUUCACAGGACGAGGAGGCUCUACCCGAAGAUUGGGAACACAAAAGAAACGCCGAGGAGCAUGAUUUUGCACGACGGCUGGCGAAUGCCAACUCGAGGAUUGCAGUAUGGGCGGAUGAUCACAUCUGGUGGGCGAUUCGCAACCCCAUGCUGCUACGGCUGGAAGCAAGACUGGAAGCGGCGUGCGAGCAGGAUGGCACGUUUAACCCUGCGAUGUUGGACCGAGACGGAAUCUUCACGGUGCUCAACUCAUUCAGGGGACAAGAGGCCAAGUCCGAGUUGGAGUUCGUUACCUUCAGUUACUUGCGACAGCGCGCUGGGGUUCUGCUCCUUACCAACUUACUGCAUGCGGCAGAGAGGCCCUUCACAGACGCAGAGCUAAAGGCGUUGGAGGAGGUCCUUGUAGAAAGUAGCCUGGAUCCUCGGGUCGUCCUGUCAUUGCUACCCGGUCUUCGGAAUGAGAUUGUUGAGAGCCGCAGAGGGAUUUGGAUUUUCGGCGGCGUCAAGAGAACAACGCAAAGCUACCUAGACAGCGAGCACUUCAGAAAAGCCAGCCCCACGAUAGGAACUCUUGGCAGCAAGGUUGUGCAGUUCUUACGGCGGUUUUUGGCUGCAUGGAGGAAGAAAAAAGGGUUCGGCAGCGUGGCGGACGAAAGCGAGGUGUUCCAGACGGUCGAUGCUGCGUUGUUGUUGGUCCUUCUCGAGCUUGACCAGAAGUCGCCCAUGGGACUGGCGAAGAAGACGUCGUCGAUUAGAUCGGAGCUGUACGACGUUGUCGACAAGGGGGUCGACUGCUUCGACCGAGCCGCCUCCCUUUUGGAAUCGUAUCACCGUCUAUUUGUGCUCAGCCGGCUGUACCAGAGCCGCAAGAUGGCAGGAGACGUUCUCGCCACCUGGCGACGUAUCAUCGAGGGCGAGCCGGACCACGGCGGGGAACUGCGUGAUGGCGAGCAACGCGUUCGGGAAUACCUGACGAAGAUCAGCAGCCAGGCUCUCGUGCGGGAGUACGGUGUUUGGCUCGCAAGUCGCAACCCAAAGCUAGGUGUGCAGAUCUUUGCGGAGGACAAGGGCAAGGCGCCCAGGUUCGACCCGGCAGAGGUUGUUGAGAUUCUGCGCGAGGAGGCACCCGACGCCGUGAAAUAUUACCUCGAGCAUCUGGUUUUCGGCAAGGGCCACACUGGCUACGUCAACGACCUCAUUGCGUACUACUUAGACAUUGUCAUCAGCGAUCUCGACACCUCCCAGGAGAGCCGAGACGCGUUCGCUGGCACAUACACAUCCUACCGAGCAUUGCAGGCCCCUAAACCAACAUAUCGACAGUUCCUCACGGAUAACGCCCCCAGGGAUGACGAGGUCUGGCAGAGUCGCCUACGGCUGCUACAAUUGCUCGGAGGGGGCCACCAAUACGACGCGGCGGCAAUCAGGGAGCGCAUCGCUGCACUGCCAGACGAGCUCCUUGUACCCGAGAUCAUUAUUCUCGAUGGCCGAGAGCGACGUCACGAGGAUGCUAUCCGGCUCCUCGUUCACAAGCUGGGCGACUACGACACGGCCAUCUCGUACUGUCUGCGCGGGGGCUCCAGCAUCUACACGCGUCCCGACGGCAGACGGGAGAGCACGCCGACGCAUGACAUGCAGGCGCGGCUAUUCCGGGCGGCGCUCGGCGAGUUCCUCGCCAUCGAAGACGUCAGCGAUCAAAUUGAGCAGACGGGCGCCCUGCUCGAACGGUUUGGUGGUUGGUUCGAUGUCGAAGACGUCCUCGCCCUUGUCCCCGAUGAGUGGUCCGUCGACGUCGUGGCCGGGUUCCUCAUGACAGCGCUGCGGCGCAUCACGCAGGAGCGGCACGAGACAACCGUGACUAAGGCGCUCAGCUCGGCAGAGAAUUUGCGCGUUAACCAUGACUUGAUCGCGAAAGUGGAUGAAAAGGGCCCGUCGAUUGAGGCCCCUAAUUAG